AUGGCAACAACAAUAUCUACUACAAUUAAUACACCUAAUACAAUUAGUGUAAUAAAUACUAUUAACAGUUUGACUGAACCGGCAAUCGAUAAUCUAGUGGGAAAUGAAACAACACCAACAACAAAACUCAAUGAUACUACAUUUUCCAACAAUGAUUUUUAUGGUGAAGUACAACAAAAUUGGAAUGUAUCAAUGUCUACAAUAACUUUACCUGAAAAUAUACCAACAGAUCAAUUUUUAACAUUGACGGUCGACGAUCGUGUGAAAAUUAUCGAAGAAAAUGACAAUAAUAAAGAAUGGUAUUUUGGAUGGUUUCCAGCUUGUUGUUUAAAACCAUUCACUAAGUCCAAUACGUCUAAUAUAAAAAAUGGACUAAAUAUCUCUUCAUCAUCAAAUAGCUUAUCAAAACAACCAGACAUUCUAUUUUCAUGUAUUGCAUUAUACCCGUAUGAGUCGAACGUAUCUGGCGAUUUGAAUCUUUCUGUUGGUGAUUUGAUUCGAGUUUGUGUUAUAAAGGAUGAUUGGUGGGAAGGUAUUUGUGAACGAACUAAACUCAAAGGUUUAUUCCCAGCUAAUUAUGUUCGUAAACUAAGCAGUGAGGAAACACGGUUGAUGGAAGAAAAGUUAGAUAUAAGCGGAUCGACUAUUAAUCAAAUGGAACAUAAUAACACAAUUAAUCCUCCAUCUCUCUCAAAGAUAAUUCCUAUAUCAUCGCCGAAAUUGAUGGAAGCGAAUUCUAAUAAUUGUAUGGCCAAUUUACUUUCUUCAUCAAAUACAUCUUCGACUUCAUCAUCUGGUGUUAUUGUAUGCACUCAACCGGAGUUCGCUCGAGUAAUUGCACCAUACAAAGCUACUUCAGCUGGUCAACUAACUCUUCAACCUGGUCAAGUUGUGCAACUUCGUAAAAGAUCACCUAAAGGUUGGUGGGAAGGAGAGUUGCAGCAAAGAGGUCAUAUUCGUCAAAUUGGUUGGUUUCCGGCAGAUUUCGUUCGACUUAUUACACCACUGACAGUGAAUGGAUCGUCUAAUUCAUCUGUUUUGCCAAUUGCCGCUUGUGAUUCUCUCUUUAAUGAUCUAUCACCUAUCAAAAAACCUUUAUCCAAACUAAUAAGUACUACUAAUAAUCAAAUUGAAAAUACUCCAACUAGUUUAAAGGCAUUAGCAUCAAAAGCGAUUACUACAUCAAAUUCUGUUAAUGAUAAUUCUGUACAAAGUCAGCAAGCACAAUCAAAUCGUGUGGAAAUGAUGCAAACUAUUUUUAGUUAUAAAGCUGUUCAUGCAGAUGAGUUAACAUUUGAAGAAGGUGCUAUUAUCACAGUACUCGGUCGAGAUGAACCGGAAUGGUGGCGUGGUCGACUUCAAAAUUCCGGAGCAGAAGGACUUUUCCCUGUUAAUUAUGUACGUCCAUACAAUCCUCCCUCACAGACUGAAAAAUCUUCAAAUUCCGUGAAUCAACGUCCUGUUGUUCCUGCACAAAUGGAUACUGAUAUUUCUAGAAAACUACGUGAACGUGAUUUUGCUAUAGAAGAACUUAUCAACACUGAAUUAGCCUACAAUAAUAGUCUUAUUGAAGUGAGAGAUGUUUUCUAUAAACCAAUGAAAGCAUCAAAAAUGUUAACUUUGCAACAAUUGGAUGAUAUUUUCCCUCAUUGGAAUGAGUUGAUCAAUACUUCAACUGAAUUUUGUCGUGAUUUGAAUGAUUAUGUUAAAAACGAUUCAUCUGAUCAGUCGAUUAGUCAAAUCCUUUUAAAACAUAUGAUUAAAUUUAAAGUCUAUCGUCUAUAUUGUACGCAACAACGUGUUGCAUGUGAAACUUUACAACAUUGUCUAUCAUCUAAUUAUCGUUUAAAUCAAUUGGUAAAAAUAUUUGAAAAAAAUACUAAAACCAAAGGUUUACCCCUGUCUUCAUAUCUGUUGAAACCAAUGCAACGUAUAACAAAAUAUAAAUUAAUCGUUGAAAAGAUUGCAACAAAUACGCCUAUUUCAUGUCCAGACUACGAUGAAGUUGUUAAGGUGAAUAAUUUGAUGUCUGCUCUUUUAAAGUCAAUCGAUCAUGCAAUUGGAUCUAAAGAUAACCCUAAUCGUAUCGACUGGUUCCGUUCACGGUUGAUUGGUGCUGAUAAAUGGCUUUUAGAUUGGUUAUCCGAUAAUACAGCUCAACAUCCUCAUGACAGGCCAUGUUUAGUUCAUUGUGGUACACUUUAUAAAGCUAAAAACAAUCGAGAAUUUAUUUGUUUCUUAUUCAACAAGUAUUUGAUUUUAACUACACCAAAUUAUAAUACUAAUGGACGGUUAUUUGAAUUCCCGUCUACAAAUCAAUUGAAUGAAAUAAAAUGGUCGUUUAUAUUAUACAAAGAACCAUUAGCAUUGAAUCAAAUAUAUGUAUUUAAAGGUUCAUUUAGACAAAGCACUGAAUCAACAUCUUCAGUUUUUAGUAGUUAUUCAAUAACACCUCAAUCAGCACCAUACAACAAAUCUACAAAUGAUGAACUUGUACGAUCAGUAUCCACUUCUACAUUAGCUGAAUCAAUUGAAAAUCCCAAUAUUAAUAUUAGACGUCAAUCUGAAAUUGUAAAAUAUUCAACGACAAAUGUAUUCUCAUUAUUUAAACGAAGAAAUUCUUGGCAACCUAUAGUAACUUUAAAGGCUCCAUCGAAUGAAAUUUGUGAUCUUUGGGUAUUAAUUUUGAGAGAUCAAAUUAAAGCUGAAAGCAAUCUGUCUAAUUCACAUUCUUCUUAUUCACCAUCAUUGAAAAACGAAUACCCACAACAUUUACUGUUUACGGUUUCAAAAGUUUGCACUAACUCACAAGACCAAUUUGAAGUUCACUUCAAGAUCAGUAUUACUGAUCAAAUGUGGAAAUUUUGUCAAAUAUUUGCUAAUCAAUCAUUAAUAGAAUUUAAAACUUCUGAAACGUUAAAUUUUCUGAUACCAGAAUCUUUAGAAAAGUGUUUACAUAUCACUGCUUUCAAAUCGUUACCAUUUACUAAUUCAAAUAUAAUUGGAUCGUGUAUUGUACCAUUUUCAAAUAUAUUCAUUAAUUUUCCACCAACUUCAAUUGAAUCAUUUACUAAACAAAUUGAAUUGAAUCAGUCUAUGGAUAUGAAAAUGGAAUUCAUUAUAGAACUUACUGAUCCCGCAAUCGUAAAGAAGCUCAAUUUAGCUCCAGAUAUCAGAGAUGAUUAUGCUGAAUUAUUUCAAAUUACACUAUGGACUAGCAUAGCAUUGAUUCUAGUUGUAUGGGGCGUUUCUUGGGGUAUCUGGAAUAUGGAUCCUGGACGAGAUGGGAUUAUCUAUCGAGGUACAAUGACAAGACCUAAACAAGAUUAAACAUUUCCUUUCUGUAUCACAGAUAAAAUACAUAAUCUUCCUAACAUACAACUCAGCAUAAUUUAACUAUUUAUCGAGUGUUUCCAAGGGUUUUGUUUGAUUUUUUUUAAACAUUAUUGAAAUCUUUCGUUGUUGUGUUUUAUAAUGUUAAAAAAAACAUAUUUAUAAAUCCACAAUGUCUUAUUUGUCUGUAACGUUUUAAUAUUCGCUGAAAUUUCUUUUAUUAUUUAAUUUAAGUAAAGGUAUGAUUGAUAAAAGUAUCUAGUGUUUUCCUUCCAAAUUGUUCCUGAGUUGUUUACUUAACUUUGUUGAUUGUUGUAAUGUACAAUAUAUGAUAUAAAUAUUGCAUAAAAACUAACUGUUCUUUCGUUCAUUAUCAAUAUGACCAAAUAUGUUUAUCCUGAUUAGAACAUCAAAUCUGUCGAAGUUUACAGCUCAGUUUCCAGUACUCCUAAAAUCAAAACUAUAUCACAUUUGUCUGAUUAACAUUAAAAAUCUCCAAUUAUUUUAUGUUAAGAUUAAAAGAAUAUUCUUCAUAUACCGGAUUUAGGAUACUCUUGCUAAAUUAAAAAACACAUACAUAGUAAUCAAGGGAAAUUAACCACAUUGAUAUACAAUACUGAAUAUUUAGUAAUACAAAAGAACUCAAACAUUCUUUUUUGCUUUGUCUGUUUCACUCCAACAUGUUUUUCCCUUGUUCUGUUAUUCUCAAGAGCUUAUAUUGUCUAGCGGUUUGGUAUGACUUUCGAAUCUGCAUUCCUUCGGAAUAUAACUGUAA